CUGCAUCAUCAAAAAAAAAAGUAAGGCUGCAAAUUUGGACAGGUUUCUAAGCCCAUUAGCCCAUUCAAAAGUCCACAAUUUUCGUUGAUAAAUAAUUAAACAAUCGUUCGUUUCCUCUAGGGUUUGUCUACCACCUUGCUCAGAACCGAACUAUCAUCAGCCAUGGUUCUCAAGACUGAACUUUGCCGGUUUAGUGGUGGCAAGAUUUAUCCUGGUAGGGGCAUCAGAUUUGUGCGCCAAGAUUCCCAGGUGUUCUUGUUUGUCAAUUCAAAAUGUAAGAGAUAUUUCCAUAACCGUCUGAAGCCCGCCAAGCUUACAUGGACUGCUGUGUACAGAAAACAGCACAAGAAGGAUCUUGCACAAGAGACUGCAAAAAAGAGGAGACGCGCCACAAAAAAGCCUUACUCUAGAUCUAUUGUUGGUGCAACCUUAGAGGUAAUCCAGAAGAAAAGAUCUGAAAAACCAGAGGUCAGAGAUGCUGCAAGGGAGGCUGCUCUCCGUGAAAUUAAGGAACGGAUUAAGAAAACGAAAGAUGAGAAGAAGGCUAAGAAGGCAGAGGUGCUGGCCAAGUCACAGAAGGCAGGGAAGGGUAACGUCCCCAGGGGGGCUGCACAAGCAAAGGGUCCUAAGCUUGGAGGAGGCGGUGGAAAACGCUAAGCUCUCUAUCUUCCUUUUUUGUUGGUUUACAGUUUAUGAGUAAUUUCGAUAAUCAAGAGAUACUUGUGUCCUUUUGGUACAGACACUCUACUUUGCGGUGUUUCUUGUAUCCCACCAGUAAUUCAGACCUAUGGCAGAAUGUUCUCUUGUUUUUUAAUUUUGAAAUGAUUGAUUAUGUUUAGGCCAUCCGGUUCUCUAAUCCCUACUUUCUGGCAAGUAAGAAUGUCGGUCGGGCUCUGCGGAAAACUAGUUGUGCUCAGGUGGUUAUUGCAAUUGUGUUGGUCCUAGUGUUGCUACUGUAGUUGAACAAGCCAUAUUAUUUGACAGUUAUAGUAGGCUAAUGCUAGCACGCUGAUGACUCCCAAGGAAAAAUGGUUCUCUGUGUUUAGGCCUGAAGCGCUCUUCCAGAGAUAAUAUUUAGAGAUGGGCAAUUUGAGCUGCACACUCUAACCAGUCAAGAAAAAACCAAAAGGAUGAAAUUGUUGACCACCACAGAUAGAGCUAAAUCAAUUCAAUAACUGUGUUGUUUUUUG